AUGGCUACAUUUGCUACUGAUAAAGAUCUUAAUGCUGGUAUUUCACAAGAUGUCCAUUUGGGUGUAAAUAGUUUCUCUGCUGUUGCCUGUGUUGAGGACCGAGACAUAUCCUUAGCAACUGCUACAACCGAGAUUUUUGGACGCUUUCAGUUUUUGAAGACACUUUUACACCCGAACAUUUGUGAAUACGUAGAAAUAGUUAAAGGAAAACAUGACCGUCUGUUUGUUAUAUUCGAAUAUCAUAUGAACCAUGUUGGUAAAUUAUAUCAACGUGAUGAGGAGGCAGAAUGGUUGAUCGAAGCAAGAAGCAAUGAAAAAAAAAAAAAAGAAAUUAAUUUGUCAAUAAAAUUAAUAUCAGUGUUUUAUUUGAUUAAGCAGACUUUUGAUGGACCUAUAUCAAUAUUGAAUGCGAAGAUAUCCGGUGCUUGCUUGCCUUGUUCAUACCUUCUCAAUGGGGAUCAUAUGACUCGUGAAUGGGCAUUCCAGAUCUUGAAAGCGCUAGCAUAUUUAAAUAAAAACAAUAUUACGCAUCAUAAUUUAGCUCCAAGUAAUAUUUUAUUGGAUUCCCAGGGUAAAGUGAAACUAGCGGACUAUGGACUAUAUUUUAUGACUAAAGGAGGUGCAAAUGUUGACUUCCCGAUUGGCUAUCCUCAUUAUAUUCCACCAGAAGCAAUUUAUUGUUCAGCUAAUAUUGAUGAAACAACCGAAGAGGCCGAAAAGGCUGAAAAGGCCAAAAAGUUAUAUGAAACUACCGAAAAGGUUGAUGUAUGGUCAUUAGGCAUAAUAUUGGCAGAACUUGCUACUGGUUCUCCAUUUUGGAAAGAUAAUGAUAAAGAUAUUAGCGGAAUUUUUUCCGCAUUAUGGAAACUUCAAUCCAUCGCGGAAGAAGAUGAGAAAGAAGAACUUUGGGAUCGGUUUGAAGUUACCGCUCUUGGGCUAAGUGACCCUAUAAUAGAUUUUCUCCAGGGAACUGAUGAUUAUGAGAAUGCAGAUCUUCGAAAGCUUGUCAGAACGUGCUUGGAAGUAAAUCCUUCUAAUAGAUGUUCACCAGAACAGUUAUUAUCACAUUCAUAUUUUUCAUCAAUAUAUGAGGAUGGUAUUAGUAAUAACUAUAACUAUUGGUGUAUUAAGCCGUUCUUACAAUCACAAAAGUUGGAAGUGGAUGACGAUUUCUUGGAACCUCUGAAUAAAGAUGUUCUUGAUGGGAUGCCAUUAUCGCAGAUUUAUUAUUUUUGGAAACUAGCAGGAGGUGACGUAGAAUCAGAAUUAGCUAAAAGAGGUUAUAUGUCAAGCACACCACCAAUAGAGAGGAUCCCUAGGACAGUAAAGGUACUGGAUGGAAAGGAAGAAGGUACUACAAAGGACACAGCCUUCUUGUAUUCUGAUACUGUUUACAGUUUAUCGCUUAAGGAACUUCGGCAGAGAUUAAAAUCAGUUGCUGGACCUAACAAGGAAACAUUCGAAUGGGAUACAGACUAUUUUCUCGUUGUAGAUGAAAAUGACAUGAAUUUUCUUGUUGACGAAACGAUAGAUGAGGAAAACUCGGGUCCUAAAAAUGAUUCACUUGAAGAUUUACUUGGGAAAUAUCUCUUCCCAGAUCCCAACAAUAACAAAUCAUCUUCAUCGUCAGUAAAUGGUCAAAGCCCACCACCAUCGAAUAAUGUCAAAUCACCAUUACUCGCACGGGAAAAGGAUGUUGUAUAUCAGUUCCAAAGAGUAGCUCUUUUUAGUGAAUUGCUUCGACAAUACCCGGCAUCCCGUGAUGAAAUCAUUCAUCAGGCAAAAGUUGAUAUACCUCCUUUUUUACGCGGAAAAAUUUGGGCAGCUAUAUUGGGUGUUAAUGGCGAUUAUCAAGCUAUAUAUGAUACUUACGACAAAGAAAACGAAAAAGAGACUCAAACAGACCGUCAGAUUGAUGUUGAUGUUCCGAGAUGUCAUCAAUAUCAUCAACUACUUUCGUCUCCUGUUGGGCACGAAAAAUUGAGAAGACUUUUGAAAUGUUUUGUGUCUGUAAAUAAAGACAAAUUGGUUUAUUGGCAAGGACUAGAUUCUCUGUGUGCACCUUUCUUAACUCUUAAUUUUAAUGAUGAAGCUCUGGCAUUCAACUGCUUUCACGCGUUUAUUCCUAAAUUUAUGAAAGAUUUUUUCAUAUCUGACAAUACGCCUGUCAUGCAAGAAUACCUUGCAGUGUUUCGUCAUCUUCUAUCAUUUCAUGAUCCGGAAUUAUCUAGACACCUCAACAAAAUAGGAUACCAUCCAGAAUUAUAUGCCGUUCCAUGGUUUUUAACUUUGUUCACACAUGUAUUUCCGCUCGAUAAAACCUAUCACUUAUGGGAUAAAAUUCUUGUUGGACCACCAUCAUUACCAUUAUUCACUGGUGUUUCUAUUAUAAGACAAUUUCGAGAUACUCUCACCAAGACGGAGUUUAAUGAUUGUAUAAUGGUUAACGAAUUAUUCCCGAAUGUUGAUAUCGAAAAAUGCGUUCAAUCAGCAUUAUCAAUGUACAAAGUUACACCACCUUCAGUGAUAUAUCGUGUACACGAAUCGGAUGCAAAGACUGGGUCUAUUAAUGAAAAUAAAAAACAUGAUCGCUGGUGGGAGCAGCCUAUACCUAUUGAAGAAAAAAAGCAAGAAUUGGCACCUAGAAUAUCACUUAAGGAUUUAGUCAAACUAAAAAGUUACGUUUUAGUAAUUGAUACGAGAACUGAACAAGAAUUUGCAAGAGGCCAUUUUCCGUUAUCAAUUAAUAUGAAUCCAGCUCAUCUGGAACAAUUGUCACAAGCAUUAUGGCAAGAAAAAAAGAAGUAUCAUGUUGUAGUUGGAGUACGUGGUGAAUCAGGACCGCAGUUUGCCAGUGAUUUAGUCAAUGCAGGUUUUCCACGUGUUGCAGUAUUAAACGGCGGCAUCGACGUGAUGCGCGUGGAUGGAGGAGAAGUUGUAGUAUGCGCUUGCGCAUGCCCACCAAUAAAGGCUCCAUUUACAUCGGGGGCUAAAAAUAUUGUUUACUGGAAAUGUACACAAAAUUUAAUGAAUUGA